UGCACCUGGCCGGGAGACAAUGCACCCCCCCCACACACACACCAUCGGCUUGAGGCAACACCUGUGCUCCCCUCCCUGCCCCAGAGAGCUCUUUGGGAAUAUUUGCCAGCCCAGCACGCAUCCAGCUCUUCCUAAAAUAGGGUGUGUGCCCUGGAGACAAGCUGCUUGGACCCCUCGUCCCCCACACAUGCCACCCGCCACCCCUGUGCCACACCUGCCCCCACAGGCAGGCAGCCCCCACCCCAGUGAAGCCACAUGGGAGCUGCUGGGAGGUCCCGACUGGGGCUGAGCUCCAGGGACAGAGACCCUGGGGGGUUUGGGGGGAUGCCACCUGCCCAGGGGACAGCCUCACGCUGCAGGACAAGGGCUGUAGGGCUGCCCAGGAGGUUUCCCGGGGGGUUCUCAGCCUGGAGAGAGAACUCAGCCUCCCCCCAGCCGGAUUGAAGCAGCUCUGAGCCACCGCUGCUCUCACGAUGCUCCUCUGAACCUCUCAGCAACGCUCCUGCCCGCAGGUCAGACAAGUGGCAAAUAAAAGAUUUACGGGAGGUGCGGCAAAGCUAUGGGAAGGAAAACCACAUCCACAAGGGAGAGGCGGCACAUCAGGCCGGGAGGGAGCCCUGGCACGCAGGGCCAGCACCACGGCUUCGGGCUGGGAACGCUGGGCUUUGGGCAUCGCUGUGACCCUGGAGGGGGUGGGGGCGGCUGCUGCCUGGCCCCGCCAGCACCACCUUCCCAGAGUGCGCCGGGAUUUGCUCACAGAGCCUCCCAGCACUUCGGCUACCCUCGGGCACAAAGGUUUGAGGGGGUGGCCAUGCCAAUGCCACCCUCUCCGCCCCCCCGCCCAGCACCCUGCCCAUCCCUGCCCACCGAUGGGAAUGAGCCCCACCAGCUUGGGGCGUUCCACUGGAGGAUGUAGGGGCGUAGCUCUGGGAAGGGGGUGAGCGGGUUCCGGGGGCACCCCCUCUCUCCCCCCCGGGCCCCUGCAGCACCCCCGAUCCCGCUGGUGCCAGCCCCCGCCUUACCUGCUGCCGCUCCUCCAGCUGUGCUGCACAUCUGGGCAGCUGCGGAGCCCGGAGCUGGAGGGGGGUUCGGGUCCGGCUCCGGAAUGAUUGGGGCGGCCGGGGGGCGGCAGGCGGUGCUGGGGGGGGCGGGGAGAUCCCCCGGGGCAUCACCGGGCGGGGUGCCCGGAGCGGAGCCGGGGGAGCCCCGGGGGGGAUCGGAGCGGGCGGGGAGGGAAGAUCCACCCCCGUGUCCGUGCCCGUGUCCUGCCUCCCUCCUCUUCCUCCCUCCCUCCUCCUCCUCCUCCUCCUCCGCCGCCGCCGCCGCCCGUCCUCCGCCGCGGCCAGCCGGGCAGCGCGGGCGGGCCGGGGGCUGCGCCGCCGGGGAGGAGGUUUGGGGGGGCUUGUGGGGGUCCGGGCACUUACUUGGGCUGGAAGUUGGCGGCGCGAUGGGGAACGAGCGUUGGAAAACCGUGGGAGGAGCCUCGCAACUUGAGGAUGGGCAGCAGGAGAAAUCACAGAGGAUGAGCUGUGGGUACAUCCUGUGCACCGUCCUGCUCUCGGUGGCCGUGCUCCUGGCGGUGACAGUCACGGGGGCCAUCCUCUUCAUGAACCACUACCACACGCCCGUCACCGAGUCGCCCCCCGUCAUCAGCACCAACCCCGAGGAGGCCAACGCGCUGGUGACCAUCGAGAAAGCCGACAGCUCCCGCAUCAACAUCUUCAUCGACCCCAACUGCCCCAGCGCCGCCGGCACCCUGGGCCGCAUGGAGGGGCUGCAGAGCUCCCUGCUGCGCGCCGUCACCGACCACGACGCCGAGGCCAAGGCCACCAAGAGCCAGCAGAAGGCCCUGCUGGUCACGGUGGCGGACGAGGUGGCCAAGCUGCUGACCCACGCCGUGCAGCUGCGCGCCGACUGCGACGGCCUCAAGAAGGGGCACAGCGCCAUGGGGCAGGAGCUCAGCGCCCUGCAGGGAGAGCAGGGCAGGCUCAUCCAGCUGCUGUCGGAGAGCCAGACCAACAUGGCUCGGCUGGUGAGCUCUGUCAGUGACGUCCUGGACACGCUGCAGAAGGAGCGCGGCGGGGCCCGGCCCCGGCUCAAGGCUGACCUGCAGCGAGCUCCGGCCAGGGGAGCACGGCCCCGGGGCUGCUCCAACGGCUCCCGGCCCCGAGACUGCUUUGACAUCUAUGUGAGCGGGCAGCAGGAGGAUGGGAUUUACUCCAUCUUCCCCACCCACUACCCUGAUGGCUUCCAGGUCUACUGUGACAUGACGACGGACGGGGGCGGCUGGACGGUGUUCCAGCGGCGGGAGGACGGCUCGGUGAACUUUUUCCGCGGCUGGGAAGCGUACCGGGACGGCUUCGGGAAGCUGACGGGAGAGCACUGGUUAGGGCUGAAGAGGAUCCACCUGCUGACGGUGCAGGGCAGCUACGAGCUGCGCAUCGACCUGGAGGACUUCGACAACGGCACCGCCUUCGCCCACUACGGCAGCUUCGGCGUGGGGCUCUUCUCUGUGGACCCCGAGGAGGACGGGUACCCCAUCACCAUCGCCGACUACUCAGGGACAGCAGGCGACUCCUUCCUGAAGCACAACGGGAUGAAGUUCACCACCAAGGACCUGGACAACGACCACUCGGAGAACAACUGCGCCGCUUUCUACCACGGCGCCUGGUGGUACCGCAACUGCCACACGUCCAACCUCAACGGGCAGUACCUGCGGGGCCACCACAGCUCCUACGCCGACGGCAUCGAGUGGUCCUCCUGGACCGGCUGGCAGUACUCCCUCAAGUUCACCGAGAUGAAGAUCCGGCCCGUCCGGGAGGAGAAUUAGCCGAUGGCAUCAGCCCCCCCCACCGUGCCCAGUGCCCUGCCCGUCCCAGCGCCCUGCAGACCCACUCCCUCAGCUGCCAUCCUCCCCAUCCUCUCCGAGGGCUCGCCCACCUCUGAGGGGCCCCUGGGGAGCAUCUGCUGCCACUGAGGGUGACUUUGGCUCCUGGGCACCCACAGGUGUUGCCAGACCUUUGCUUCCCACUGCCGUGGCUCCCCUGCAGCCAGACCAGGUGUCCUGGCCAGAGUGUGACCCACGGCCUGUGCUUGUGGCUGGGACAGAGAGGAUGCAGGUAUUUGGGCAGAGGUGCCCAGCAGGGUCCUCAAGGAUGGAAAGGGGCUGCCUGGAGGGAAGGAAGGAGGGAGGGAGGGAAGGAGGGAGGGAUGCAGCAGCCCAGACAGGCUAGGCACCUCUGGUCACCUCUGCUCCGGGCACUGACACCUGGCAGUGGGCUUGCCAAGCUGGCAAGGGACUGGGGGCACUUGUCAUGGGGAAGCCCCGGCCCCCCAAACCCCCAGGACUGGGAUGAGGCUGCUGCUGCACAGCUCCAGCUCCCCCAUGGUGCUACUGGUGGUGGGGAGGGCUCAGCUGGGGCAGCCUGACCGUGCCAGCAAUUCCUUCUCUGGACUGCAGAACACUCUCCUCUGCCCCUGCAAGAGCAACGCAGCUGGGGAGGGACGACCACCAGCUCCUUAGUCCCCAUUACCCCUGUCCUGACUCCUGGAGCCUCCCAGCAGGUCAGGACACCCCAAAGUGAGCCAGAACAGCGCUGCAAGGACGCACACCCAGAACCGAGCACGGCACGGAGCUGCUUUGGCAGCGCUGGGCAAACAGGGAGCACAACAAGGAAGAGGAGGAGGCGAGGAAGGUUCACUGCCCAGCGCAGCUCUGCCUGCAUUUCACAGCCCCUCCCUCCCAACCAGACCCACUGGGAUUCACGUCGGACUUUCGCCAUCCAAAAGCUGUGACCUUUCCCCAAACCCUUCGGGCAGCUCAGCCCCAUCUCCCAGUGAGCCCCCUCUGCUCACUGCUGGCCCGGGCACCGCAUUCAUCUCCACCCCGGCUGAGCUGCGGCACUGGCUCGGCACCUGCAGAUAUCCAAAGCCUUUCAUUUCCUCAAAUCCCGUUAAGGUUUUGCAAAAGAGAAGCCCCGAGUGGGGCUUAGCAUCUGCAGGGCCCUGAUAACCGGGCAGCAGCACCAGCCAGCCCAGGCAGGAGCUGCCACGGGCCGUGGGACUGAUGUCUCCUGCUGGCUCCCUGGAAGGACUCAAACGGGGGAUUUUGUCCAAAAAAAAUGAGAACCAAAUGUGAGCAGACUCUGGACGGAGAGGGGAGGGGACAGACAGAACCCUGCCACCCUUUACAUCAUUCUCUGCCUGUGCUACAGCAGAGCCCUGCCCCAAGAAACACCCUCCGACAGAUGGAGGGACUGAGGAGGGGAGGAAAACUCCCCCUGCCUCCAUUUCCAGGGGAGCUUAAAGCACGGGGAGAUCAAAGGCUCAGCUUCCCAACUGUGCCAGGUUUGUACUUCCCUCUGUGAUUCUUUUUUUAAGCCUUCCCCACCUCGGGUCUUGUGCUGGACAAGAUCUCUCACCAGCUGGGUGAGUGGCUGUCUGCCCUGACAGAGAAAUGCACAAACCAUGCACCGGGAUCACCACAGCUUUUGGCUCUGCCAGAGAGAUCCUCCAGAGCCCUCAGGUGAGGGGGAGCUCUGAGUGAAGGGCACUCAGCUCUACACACUCCAUCCAUGCCCAGAGCAGCAGGGCAGGGCUUUCUGGAACGAUGGGAGCUGGGGGAACUCAGCAGUGGCAUUUCUCAGCACAACAGCAGGAGCCCUGACAGCUUCCAAGGAGCUUCCUGCAUUCCACUGGACCUUUCUGGAAAGGGUCCUGCCUGCGCCCAUCUUUACCUUUUGAUCAGUUAUUUUGCUGGAUUAGCUGUAGUUGGGUUUUCUGAUGCUUUGGGCAGGAACGCACAUGGAACCAUGUGCCGGGUGGGAAGGCUCAUCCCCCCCCAGACCCCUCCACUGGCGUCCUGCCGUGCCAGGGAGGGAAUGUUGUACGUUGGUUUGUUGGUAGCACAUCCUUGUGUAACUGCCUGUGUCACCCGGGACCCCCCAGAGAUUUGUUUUGACUUGCACGAGAGGUAUUUAAUCCAUGCCAAGCCGCAGGAUUUCCCAGGAUUAUUCCCAAGAGCUCAAGCAUUGCUCCAUGGCCCUGGAUUAGGUUAAACCCAUCCGUGGUGACACCUCCCUGGAAAGGGGUGGGCAGGGGUGACUGGGGGUCUGGGAUGUGGCCACGGACCUUCCCAGAGCAGCCCUGGGCCAGGCCGUGGUGUGUAGCAGUGCUGUGAAGUCUAGGUCGUGUGUGAGUGUGUCCAACGCCGUACAUGUGGACUUUCUAAACUCCUUAAUAAAAGGAUCUCAUCGUUAUC